GCGCUUGGCCGCCACUGGCCAGUGUCCGGCUGCAAUCGAGAGAGAGAGCCAUGUCUGUUUGGGACAUUGAGGUCGAGGAAGCCUCGUCGGAGUCCGCCAACGGUCCCUGGUAUCUGCUGGAGAAGGACACAGACGGAGCUUCGUCAGAGGAUGCCGACUCGGCGAGGCUGAUUCAGGACAGCGAGGACUACAGCAAGGACGAGGAAAAACUCGACUACUUUAAGAACUUGGGCGACGAGGAACGGAGAAGAUGUCGUGGCGUCGAGAGCUUCCAGCGGUCACCGCCACCCGGGGACAAGGGCAGCGGUCGACGCCACAGCCUGCUGGAGCUCGCCGAUGACGUCGCUCCUGACCUCUUUCGCUGCGCUUUCGACGCAGGGUAUGUGUACCUUCUCACGCUGCUCGUGGAGAGAACGCCGAGUGAGCAUUCGGCCCUCCAUCAAAUGCUGUCCGGCGUCGAGAUCCCGGUGGUGAUGCUGUCGAGGGCCCACCUGUACGUCGCCACAGCUCGGAUAGUGUCCUGGUCGGUGGCGAAGCUGCGCGCCAUCAAGGACGGCCUGGCCAGUUCGACGCUGUUCCUGCUGGUGCUGCUGCUCGCGAUGCUCCUGCUCACAGCCGGCAGCGCGCACGUCGUCCUGCUGGCCCAGGGCGUCAAGGGGCUAUUCGCGCGCUUGUCUAUGACUGCGUGGCUCUCGACCUACGAAGGCUGCAACAAAUACCUCGUCUGCCGGCCACACAGCCAGGACCCAAUGAGCUGCCCGCUUCCCGCGUGGUGCCGAGUGUCCCGCAACAGCACCACUAGUGACGUGCACGGGAUCGAUGCCUUCGUGUACGAGAUGCUUGCCAUGUCAGAUCAAGGCCAGCUGGUCCAGAUGAUCAAGGAGAUGCGCGGGGAGUCCCUCGAGUACUUCGUACGCCUCUACGCCUUCGCCACGUGCGCCUGGGCGUUCUCUCUAGGUCGCUGCGACGUGGGCGGCCGCCAAGAUGCAAAUGACGAUGUACGCCGACGUCGUUUUCUCCUGGCGCAUCUUCGCUCACCACGCGCAACGACAUCUGGACGGCCGUGCCACUCGAAUGGACGCCCUCCGCACAGCGGCGGCGCUGCGAUCGAUCGUGUACGGAAAGCCUACGCCGCCAGAGCCCAUUCUUAUCCGUGUGCCCACGCCACGCUGCGUCUGGUUGCUGUGGUGGUGAAAUGAUGCACACGUUGUUACUCGAUCGGUUCGUUUCCUGGCUUCGAAAUAAAAUUCGAAAACGCGAAUA